AUCAGAAACAGAAACCUCAGGUUCUGGGAUGGAUGUUAACUUUCCGAUAUUUGGGUUGUGGUCGGACAAAUGCGGUGAAGCGGCCAUUUAGACUGUCUUUUCACAGAGUAACAAUAUCAUCCAGUUUCCUAGUGCUCCCCCAGUGGUCAGGAAACCAAACUACCGUUACUCUACUGUUGCGGCGGGAAACACGAAAGAGCCAUCAAUAGGUUCGCCAUCUCUCCCUGUCGAGUUUCGACGUGACUCUGAAGCUGCAGAGUCUCUGCCGCCAGGUGUUUAAGUCCUUAAUUCUGACACCAUAUGAGGAAAGACAGGAGAAGCAAUCGUCGGGUUGAAAAGCCAUCCUUCUUUCAUUUCACUGGAGCAUGAGGUAAAACAUGUUGCCACAGUGAGAUUUCCACCUCAUUGCUUGGAUGCUUUGCUGAUCUGGUCAUCAGCCUCUGGAAGUCACGCUCCACAGGAUGGCAGACAGUGGAAACCAGUCUUGCCUACAAGGAUCACAAGACACCCUGUCCUUCUUGAAGGAAGCCACAGUACCCAGAGAGAAUCAGUGCAACCAAUGUCUCAACGCAGAACAGGGCUAACUAUUGUGCCAUGGCAAACACUUGUGACAACACCAAUACAGUGGCAUGAAGAGGUGUGUUUGUUUCAUGUGUGGGAAGAGUGGGCCGGCCUGGAGCAGCUCGAGGACUACCUGAGCUUUCUGGAAUACCUCUUGUGGGUCUUCACCCCUCUCGCUGUUGUUUUCCUUGUGCCAUUCCUCAUUGUUAUCCUCCUUUAUCUCUCAAUACUCUUCCUUCAUGUCUAUAAGAGGAAGAAUCAGCUAAAGGAAGCUUAUAGUAACAACUUGUGGGAUGGAGCCAGAAAAACACUAGCUACCCUGUGGGAUGGACAUGGAGCCAUAUGGCAUGGUUAUGAGAUCCAUGGAAUGGAGAAGAUUCCCAACAGAGGACCAGCUCUAAUAGUGUACUAUCAUGGAGCCAUACCUAUAGAUUACUAUUACUUCCUGGCCCGUGUUAUCAUUCAGAAAGGACGUACCUGCCAUUCUGUAGCUGACCAUUUCCUCUUCAAGAUUCCUGGUUUCAAGUUGCUAUUAGAGGUCUUCUCAGUGAUCCACGGUCCUCAGGAAGAGUGUGUCCGGGCUCUGAGGAAUGGCCACUUGCUUGGUAUUUCUCCAGGAGGAGUGCGGGAGGCAAUGUUUAGUGAUGAGACCUACCGUCUUUUUUGGGGAAAACGCAAAGGCUUUGCACAAGUUGCCAUUGACUCUCAAGUGCCAAUAAUUCCAAUGUUUACUCAGAAUCUACGAGAGGGUUUCAGAUCUCUUGGGACACUAAGAUUAUUUCGGUGGUUAUAUGAAAGAUUUCGUCUUCCUGUAGCUCCAAUUUAUGGGGGAUUUCCUGUGAAAUUUCAAACCUUCCUUGGUGAUCCUAUUCCAUAUGACCCAAACAUCAAUGCUGCUGAGCUAGCAGAAAGAGUGCAGCAGGCGGUCCAGUCUUUGAUAGACAAACACCAGCAGAUCCCUGGGAGCAUCUUGAGAGCCUUGUUAGAGAGAUUCUACACAAAACGCAAAGAUUACCAACAUCAGAAUUAAAAAUGAUACGUCCAAUUUAUGAUCCGAUAAAUUGGAUCAUAAUUUAUGAUCCAAUUUAUCAUUGGCUUAUAUAUUUAUAUUGAUCAAAAUAUUUAUAUUUAACAUAUAUUUAUUGUUCAUAUGAACUUUAUUGUUUAUAUGAACCUUAUGAACAAUAAAGUUCAUAAAGAUGAACUUUAUUGUAAUAAAGUUCAUAAAGAUGAACUUUAUUGUCCCGGGGAAAAUUUGUCUUGGGUUCAGACUCUGACUGCUGCGUAAUCCAAAACAAUACCAAUCCCAUUACAUUCACACAUCAUACCUGUAAGAUUGAUUCAUAACAUUUUAACUUGGAAAUGACUGGUUGCAUUCUGCAUGCACACUGUACUAUUAGCUGUUUGUAUUAUGUCACUUGGUGAUUCCCUCAAAUAAUAUUUCUCUCUACAAUACUCAAUUUUAUUGUAGGAUGGAAAAAGAAAAAAAAAAUAAGUUGUAAAAAAUAAAAUACAUUUUAUCCAUAUUAAAUGUGGUAAAACUUAAAGAAUAUGGGAAGUAUUUUUAUGAACUGUACAUGCAUAAGUGCAAAAAUGUCAUUGUAUAUACUGAGUGGGUGUUUUUUUUUCAUUUAUAUCCAAAAAUGGUGAGGGGUUUAUGUUACUGUACUUUCAAUUAUAGUAACAAUAUUCCGUAUGAAUGACCUCUAUGCAUCAUGAGCAAUUGUACCUGGUUGGGAUCCUGUCACUUUGUUUUGGUCUCACUAUAGGGCAGUGUUUCCUAACCCUGGUCCUCAAGGCACACUGCUCUGCAUGUUUUAGAUAUUUCCUUCCUUAAUGUGCCUCAUUCAGUUGACUGCAGUUCAGCAAACACCUGUUAAUUGAAAUCACCUUUGCUGAAGCAAGGAAACAUCUAAAAUAUGCAGGGCAGUGUGCCUAGAAGACCAGAGUUGGGAAACACCGCUAUAGGGAGUGUGGAUCGGUGAAGUGAUGUUAUACCCAAAGAUCUCUCCAUAGCAAAAAAAAAACUUUGAUUCUCAACAACUUGAUUGUCACAGAUCUUUCACAUUGAUAUUUGGAAUGAACUUACUGAUCAGCUUCACUCUUUCUGAUUUAGGUUAAGCCUUGGUGUUGCUAGUUUUUUUUUAGCAGGAAAGACCAGCUGUUUUAUGUAUGUUUAUAUUGAAAAGGUUUAGAGGUCUGUGAUCUUAACUCUACAAAUAUAUAGACAAAACAAAUUCACAUGAAGGCGAAUAAAUUCAACAGAUGCUGAAAUUAUUAGAAACUUUUGUUUGUGAUGGUGGUGAUGUAUCACACUUGGUUGUAUUUACAUUUACAUGUGGUGAUAUGUAAAAGGUACAUAAUCAUCUAUAACUGUGUUAUUUAAUGUUGGUGCUCUCCUAUUCCAGCUAACUGAACAGACUGCCAUGAAGACAAUUUCUAUCACUUUUGAUGAACUGCUCUAAAUUUUAAGGGAGGUUAUAUUCUCACCAGCUCACUUACAUCUGAGCUGUUACAUUACAGCUCAGAUGUAACUUCUUUUAUGUUUUGAAACUCCAACUGAUUUAGACAUAACAGCAUAAGAAAUGUAUUUGUUACACAUUUAGCUGCUGCGUUGUCUUUGAAAAAUUCCUUUUUAUUUUUAUGUAGUUCAUAGUAAUGCUUGAAAGAAAACUACAGACAUUCCUUAGACAACUGCCUUUAGAUAUGGUAAAUUGCUGUCUUGACAUUCUGUUAUAAACCAAUUUUUUUGCAAAACAUCAGAGUGCUUAAGUUAUCUUUUGUUUUGAAAAUAGUUUUCUGUGUACUACAAGUCCUCAUUGUGCAUUUUAUUUUAGUUUUUGAUGUUUUCUUUAAAUUACAUGCAAUCAGUUUACUUGCCCUGUGACAUGGCAUAAUUGCUAAGUACAUCAUGAACUUGUUCUUUUUUUUUACUGUGAUGAGGCUCAAGUUCAGUCCAUUCAGCAGACCUUUGCAGCACAGGAAGGAACAUGCAGUCAUGUGACAACAUUUAGAAACCCCAGAAAAGUCUCAAAAUAUUCACACAUAUGCCCCUCUACUUGUAUGUCCAUAUGUAAAAAAAUAUGUUUUUACAUAUUUAGUUAUGUUGGCAGACCACACACUAGAUUUAUUUUUUUGUAUGUAUAUUACAAAUAAAACACUAGGAAUUAGGGCUGGGACAUAUUAUGUUCACGAUAAUACCGGUUCAAAAAAGUUGCCCAGGAAAAUAAACCUUAUUGUGAUAUGGUAAUUUCAUGGCGUAAAUACAUCAUCUUGCCAUCACGUAUGCAGCAACAUACAAGUUGUAAAGGUGAAGGCAAAUGUGGUUGUACUGGCAUAAAAAUGAUUUUAAAAAAAUCCACACAGAAAGAAUGAACAGUUCAGCCAUGACAAAACACAGACCCACCUCCCCAAAAAAUAUAUAUAUUUUUCAUGCAUAGUAAAAGCUUGUAUCUUGUAUUUCUUGUGAAUUUUAUGUCAUAAAUGCACACAGACCUCUAAGGUGGACAUUAGAGCAUCAGGCAAUACACAUGGAAUUAUGUCAUACCUCAGAUACCCAAGGUCAAGAAUGUAUUGAUCAUCAGAACAAGGUCUUCAUCUUGACAUGAUACCAAGUGUUUUUUUCACUUAUGAAGGUGAAACUUUUACAUUCAAGGCACCUGUA